AUAAAAUUUGAUGUAAAAAGUUUUGAGGAACGUUGACAUAAUAGGGUUAAGAACUUUCACUUCAUUUGACACUUCGAUUAACAUGCCAAAUUCGAUCGGCUCUGGUUGACGUUCGCAAAGGGAUCAAAUCUGCAGCUGGCUCGAUCUAAUACAACGAAAUUGUCGAUCCAGCUGUUUUAUAGGCAAUCUAGUAGAAGGUCCAUCGCCGUUAUUGUGGACAUCUCCCGGAAUUGUUAAUUUACGCUGAUACUGUUAGGUUUCUUGUGAAAGCCAGCCUUAAAUGGGAUUGACAUCUGGGAGCACAACCAAUGAAGCAAUGAAGUUAUGUGUAUUUGAUUUAAGGAGGGGACAAACCGAAGGGCAGGAGCUGGACAAGAUACUGUUCUUCUAUCCUGCUGAUUUGCCCCUUACAGUGCAGCUCUCUGUCAUCGGUCUCAGUGAAGGACUCAUCACUUUUACUAGAAUUUUCUCCCCAGAUGCUGCUUGUGAGGUUAUUGAAGCAGAGAUGCAUUCUCAUGUAUUUUAUGAAGCAGAACCUGACUUGUGGAUGGUCAUGGUGAUUGAAAAGAACAAAGAAUCAGAAUCCAUUUGGCGCUUCGAUGCUUUAAAGAGAGUUCUUAAAGAAAUCCAUUCCCUUUUUGUGAUGUUUCACGGACCAAUUAGGGAUUUUCUUGAUAAAGAACCCACUGGUGGACUUGUGCGAAGUCAUUUAUAUUAUUUCAUCAUGGAUUUUUUAAGCACAUUUGAAAAGCCGUCUCUGGACUUUUGCUGCUGGGAUCUUUUUAUUGGAAAGAAGCUUCAGUUGCCGAAUUUCCGUGACUCUCUAAAAGAACGAGGAACUGUACAGAUGUUAACUGUAGGACGGGAAGCUGCUAUUGAAGUUCAGUCACUUGUUAGAAUGCUCGAAUCAUGCGCUGGAAGCACACAAUGCUAUUCAAUGACGAUGUUCCAGGAUCUACUAGUCACCACAAAUCUUUCUCCUACUGAUACUGUGGGCCUAUUUACUUAUGCUGUGUUAAGGUUAACUCCCUAUGCACUGUCCUCGGGAGCAAGUUCUUGGUCCUAUACACACAAGGCGAACACCACUUGCAAUACUUCUACAGGUGCUGUACUGGCGAAUUCGAGUUCUAUUGGAGAAUUAUACCACAAUUCUAGUGAUACAGCCCCAGCUGGGAAUCUUGUUGUUAGGCCCUUACAAAAUUCCAAAUGGUCCAAGGCAAAGGAUGGUUUUCUUGGGACUGACAUUUGGGGUGCUGAUGUCAAUAGUUUAGUUCCUAAAACCCCAACAAUUUGGCUUCAUCAAAAGGAGGAGCAGAUGUAUCUAUUGCCUUAUCAACAUCGUGGGCUCACUAUUAUACUUCUUAUUCCAGUAUCAUCUGUUGAUGAGGAGCAGGGAGUUGCUUUGGUGAAGCAACAAAUUCUUGAAAAUGUAUCAAAAAAGGCAUCCAAAGUUGAAGAUAAGUUAUCAAGAGGUUGGGGUGGUGAAAAUGCAUAUCAUGUGGGUGGAUACCGCUAUUUGCUUGUAGAUGGUGAUAUAUACACUUCUAGAGCCUCUCCUCCGGGAAAAGUAACAACUUUAACCAAGGACUCCUUGGUUGCAUUGUGUAAACUUCGGGAGGAGGUUGACUUGGAAAAGAAUAGAUCUAAAUCUGAAAAUUCUGAAAAGGAUCUUGAAGUAUGCAUUCGAGCAAAAAACAAUGCUUGGGUAAUAGCCCGGUUAGCCAGAGGAAAGGAACUUUACAUGGUUCUUGAGAAAGCCAGCGAAACUCUUCUUUUUGCAUCUGAAGCCAUCGAGAAGUUUAGCGAAAGGUAUUGUAAUGGUGAUUUUUCAGUUAACUAGGGAAGACUUGCUAACUCAGGCAAUGCAGCAGCAAUGAAGGUAAGCACGUAAUCUGCUCUAUUGUCUGAACCUCUUCGACAAUAAUGAUCUGUCGGAAUAAGACAUCUACAGAAGGUAGUCUAGAGUAAUUUGUGUUGUUACAUCUUGUGCUAUACUGAGUCGACGUUUUAAAUGCCCUGCUUUCUGCAGGAAAAUUUUGAGGAAUGUACAUUACACAUAUGGGAGUUAUACAUACAUACAUAUAUAUACACACACACAUGUAUGUGUUUAUGUAUGUAGUGUGUAUAGAUGUAGCUGUGACAAAGACAUGUAGAUAUUUGACCUAAAACAACAAUAGCCUUUUGAUGAUCAAUUUAAUGAGAGUAUUAUUUAUUGCCUAAACUUAGGUUGAAAUAAGAAAAGCAUUAAUAUCUGCCACCGAAGUAGUUGUUUGGU